CGCACUCCGUAGGGAUCGCGCAACUUCGGAGCUGGGCGCGGACGGCGCUCGCAGCUGGGGAGCUCGGAAAGGGCGCACCGGAGCCGGGAGCCCCAGCGGCGUCCGACUCCCGGAGCGCUCCGAACAGCCGGGUGGCCUCCCGGCGCAGCGUAGCUGCCGCUGCGCCCACAGAAGGCACGGGCUGGCGCUGCCGGGUGUCUGUGAGGACGGCGAGGCGAAGGCGAAGGCGGCGAGGCUGGGGCCCGGGAAAGAACCCCGAGGGAGAGGCGCCCCGGCCGGGCGACAGGAGCAUGAGGGCCCGGAGCGGGGCUCGGGGCGCGCUGCUGCUGGCGCUGCUGCUCUGCUGGGACCCGACACUGAGCCUAGCAGGCGUUGACUCAGGUGGCCAGGUGCUCCCAGACUCCUUCCCGUCAGCACCUGCCGAGCAGCUGCCCCACUUCCUGCAGGAGCCACAGGACGCCUACAUUGUGAAGAACAAGCCGGUGGAGCUGCGCUGCCGUGCCUUCCCCGCCACACAGAUCUACUUUAAGUGCAAUGGUGAAUGGGUCAGCCAGAACGACCACGUCACACAGGAGAGCCUGGAUGAGGCCACAGGCUUGCGGGUGAGAGAGGUACAGAUUGAGGUGUCAAGGCAGCAGGUGGAGGAGCUCUUCGGGCUGGAGGACUACUGGUGCCAGUGCGUGGCGUGGAGCUCCUCAGGAACUACCAAGAGUCGCCGAGCCUACAUCCGAAUUGCCUACCUGCGCAAGAACUUUGACCAGGAGCCUCUGGCUAAGGAGGUACCCUUGGAUCAUGAGGUCCUUCUGCAGUGCCGCCCACCAGAGGGAGUGCCUGUGGCUGAGGUGGAAUGGCUCAAGAAUGAAGAUGUCAUCGACCCCACUCAGGACACCAACUUCCUGCUCACCAUUGACCACAACCUCAUCAUCCGCCAGGCUCGCCUGUCGGACACAGCCAAUUACACCUGUGUGGCCAAGAACAUUGUGGCCAAGCGCCGGAGCACCACAGCCACGCUCAUCGUAUACGUGAAUGGCGGCUGGUCCAGCUGGGCAGAGUGGUCACCCUGCUCUAACCGCUGCGGCCGGGGCUGGCAGAAGCGUACACGGACCUGUACCAACCCAGCCCCACUCAAUGGAGGUGCCUUCUGCGAGGGACAGGCCUUCCAGAAGACAGCCUGCACCACUGUGUGCCCAGUGGAUGGAGCAUGGACCGAGUGGAGCAAGUGGUCGGCCUGCAGCACAGAGUGUGCGCACUGGCGCAGCCGUGAGUGCAUGGCGCCUCCGCCCCAAAAUGGAGGCCGUGACUGCAGUGGAACGCUACUCGACUCCAAGAACUGUACCGACGGGCUGUGCGUGCAGAAUAAGAGAACUCUAAACGACCCUAAAAGCCACCUCCUAGAACCCUCAGGAGAUGUGGCACUGUAUGCAGGCCUUGUGGUGGCCAUCUUUGUUGUGGUGGCGGUUUUCAUGGCUGUGGGUGUGGUCGUGUACCGAAGAAACUGCCGGGACUUUGACACAGACAUCACAGAUUCUUCUGCCGCCCUCACUGGUGGCUUCCACCCUGUCAACUUCAAGACUGCAAGGCCUAGCAACCCGCAGCUCCUCCACCCGUCUGCCCCUCCAGACCUGACAGCCAGUGCUGGCAUCUACCGUGGGCCUGUGUAUGCCCUGCAGGACUCAGCGGACAAGAUCCCUAUGACUAAUUCACCUCUGCUGGAUCCUUUGCCCAGCCUCAAGAUCAAGGUCUAUAACUCCAGCACCACUGGCUCUGGAUCUGGCCUGGCUGAUGGAACUGACCUGCUGGGUGUCUUACCUCCUGGCACAUAUCCAGGCGAUUUCUCCAGGGACACGCACUUCCUACACCUGCGUAGUGCCAGCCUUGGUUCCCAACAGCUCCUGGGCCUGCCCCGAGACCCCAGCAGCAGCGUCAGUGGCACCUUUGGCUGCCUGGGAGGGAGGCUGAGCAUUCCCGGCACAGGAGUCAGCCUGUUGGUACCAAAUGGAGCCAUUCCUCAGGGCAAGUUCUAUGAAAUGUAUCUAUUUAUCAACAAGGCUGAAAGCACCCUCCCACUUUCAGAAGGGAUGCAGACAGUAUUGAGCCCCUCAGUGACCUGUGGACCCACAGGCCUCCUCCUGUGCCGCCCUGUCAUCCUCACUGUGCCCCACUGUGCUGAAGUCAUCGCUGGAGACUGGAUCUUUCAGCUCAAGACCCAGGCCCAUCAGGGCCACUGGGAGGAGGUGGUAACCUUGGAUGAGGAGACUCUGAACACCCCAUGCUACUGCCAGCUGGAGGCAAAGUCCUGCCACAUCCUGUUGGACCAGCUGGGCACCUAUGUGUUCACGGGCGAAUCCUACUCCCGCUCUGCAGUCAAGAGGCUCCAGCUGGCUAUCUUUGCCCCAGCCCUCUGCACCUCCCUGGAGUAUAGCCUCAGGGUCUACUGUCUGGAGGACACGCCUGUAGCACUGAAGGAGGUGCUGGAGCUGGAGCGGACUCUGGGUGGCUACUUGGUGGAGGAGCCCAAGCCUUUGCUCUUUAAGGACAGUUACCACAACCUGCGCUUCUCCCUCCAUGACAUCCCCCAUGCCCAUUGGAGGAGCAAGCUACUGGCCAAAUACCAGGAGAUCCCCUUCUACCAUGUCUGGAACGGCAGCCAGAAAGCCCUGCACUGCACUUUCACCCUGGAGAGGCACAGCCUGGCUUCCACCGAGUUCACCUGUAAAGUCUGCGUGCGGCAGGUGGAAGGGGAAGGCCAGAUUUUCCAGCUGCACACCACACUGGCUGAGACACCCGCUGGCUCCCUGGAUGCCCUGUGUUCUGCCCCAAGCAAUGCUGUCACCACCCAACUGGGACCCUAUGCCUUCAAGAUACCACUGUCCAUCCGCCAGAAGAUCUGUAAUAGCCUUGAUGCUCCUAACUCACGGGGCAAUGACUGGAGGCUGUUGGCACAGAAGCUAUCCAUGGACCGGUACCUGAAUUACUUCGCCACCAAAGCUAGUCCCACAGGCGUAAUCUUAGACCUCUGGGAAGCUCGGCAGCAAGAUGACGGGGACCUCAACAGCCUGGCCAGUGCCUUGGAGGAGAUGGGCAAGAGCGAGAUGCUGGUAGCUAUGGCCACUGAUGGGGACUGUUGAGUGCCUGUGACCAACAGGCCUGCAGGGACCAGUAGGAGACAGUGCAAGAAGGCCUGGCAGCCUCUCCAUGGGGAUAUCCAGCCUCUGCCUUCCCUGGCUCACAGCUGGAAUGGUCCCUCACCCACCCUCCCUGCUGCAACCUUCAGACCACCACCAGCCUUAGAAAAUCUCUGUGCUCUGCUGCCGAGAGCCCGGGAUCCUCUGUCCCACUGUUUCCCUGGCUCACCCUGGGGUGUGCUGAGGCCUCCAGAGCAGCUGAAGGCCAGAGGCGUUUCCCCCACAACAACUCCACCUUGAGUCCGGUGACUUUGGGGGCCCACAGCGUCCUCAGCUAGGAACCUCUCUCCUAUCUCUGGUCCUUUGAUAAGUCAUGUUCAGAUCAGACAAACUGCUUUCUACUGUCCACAGUGAAUGAAAGAGAGAAAGAAAGAAAGAAAGAAAGAAAGAAAGAAAGAAGGAAGGAAGGAAGGAAGAAAGAAAACAGGAACUUCAGAAGUCUGUGACUCAGGCAAUGAGUACGCAAAAAAAAAAAAAAAAAAAAAAAGAGGAAAAAAACGUAAGGGAAGAAAAAACCCAGUUUCUUAGGAAACGCAAAUGAUUUAUUAUCCAGAUACUUGGAUAGGUCCUUUUUAAGAAAAAAAGAAAAAGAAAAAAAAAAAAAAAAAAGGAAAGAAAGAAAAGAAAAAGAGACUUUUAUUCUUGAGUGUGGUCAAGAGUGGGUAUGCUUGUGAUUUGGGCCAUAGAUGAGUGCAGUCAUAGCCACAUGUGUGCACAAGUGCAUGCAGGAAUAGGUGUGAUCAGUAAGAGAAUGCACAGGGAAAUGCUUUGCUCUGACAAGGCCUCAGUUUCCUCAACUGUGCUGUUUUAGCCAUGGCACUGAGUUCUAAAAUUACAAGCAGAGGCUGGGGCCUGGCUGUUCUCCCACUCUCUAGAGCCCUGGGUAGAUGCCCUUCUGUGUCCUUGGGUUUCGGAGAGUCAAAAUGAGGCCCAGUCCAGCUGUGACCCAGGGAGACUGUUCAGGUCUAUCUUACUCUGGUGAUUCCUGGCCUAGAGAUGUGGCCCAGAGGUGAGGCUCUUACUGAGAGGGAGGAGGUCCUCCAGGGAUGGCUUUGUGUCUAGGCUGGCACUCGCCAGUCUACACCCCUGCACCUCUAGUCCUCGGUUUACCCGCUCAUCCUCCUGCUGGGGUCAGGAGAUAUGAAGGUAGCCAUUUUAAGUAGUUAUACCUACUCUUGGCCACAGCCUAUUCUGGGAUGUUCCACAGGGCCACAGGUGGAAGGGAUGAAUCCUUGUCCCGUUAGCCCACAGGCAGUGACAGAGACCAGGACCUCACUGUAGGUGCAGAGGUCCUAUUGAAGGGGUACUGACCCCAGAGUCAGGCUUGCCCUAAAACUUCCCUGAACUGCCAUUGAGACUAGCCUGGUCAUGUCCUGAGCUUUGAAAGUUAGGGCCUCUGAGAAGGAGCAGGUUUCAUGGUCACAGACCCAGCAAGCCCUGGUUUUCCUGCCACCGCUCCUGAGGUGGGCCUCUGAGACGGAGACGGAGGUGUCCCUCAGCUUUUUCUGCCAAAGAUGCCCAUUCUUGUGGGCAUAAUCUUGCUGGUCACCAUUAGCCCAUGUGCAGAAGGGACGACCAGAACCAAGUUGUAGCUGUGCUUUGUGACUUCAGGCACGACUGUGUUCUCCAGGCUUCAGUGUCCUUUUUAUUCUGGGACGCUCCAUGAGGUCACUUGGGUUCCCAUACUUUUCAGGGCUUCAGAUGGGAAUCAAGUAGGGAAAAGCUGAUUAUGGUCUGCAUGCUCUCCUUCGCCCAUCCUCAGAAACCUGCCUGUCUGGGCCCUGACAGGAGUACUCAGUGGGUCCCAGUUUACAGCCUGACUUUUAGAAGGUGUCAGCAUCUGGGGCAGAGAGGCUGCAGCUGGAUCCUGGGGUAGGGCUCAAUUGGACAGUUUGGUAGCAACAGCCUAGGGGGUGUCUGCCCACUCUGGGCUGAGCCGGGGCUGUUUGGGUUGGGUUUCCCACUCCUGCCUCCAGUGAGAUGGAGCCUCCCCUUCCCAUCCCUGACCAGCUUGGUGUUGCCCCCGGUUCUGCAGGGUAUUUGUAUGUCAUCAUGGGUAUAUGUGUGUUUGCCAGUGUGUGUGUGUGUGUGUGUUUACGAAGACUCGUGUGUAUACCUGUGCUUUUCAACUUGGCCACAUCAGGGCACCCCUCCCAGGACUCACACACCUGUCCCCCACAUGUGGACAUGGCCUCUGCCCAGACUUGUGCCACUGGAGGUGGGCAUGCCUGUUUGCUGUCCCCAGUCACAGGGUCAGUCAGUGUAUCUCUUAUGUGCCUCUCCUGCCCUCUAUCAAUGGGGCCCAGGCUUCUGAGCUCUGGGCAGACACCUCCUGAGGGAUGGGGACCCUCCUCAUCCCUGGAUCUUCCAGGGCCCUCUGGUCCCCAUCUUGAAGCUCCCAGGCAUCUGAGUCAGCCCCUUCCACCUACCCUCAGAGGGAGCUUGGAUGCAGGGGUGUGAACAUGGCUCUGUGUCUGUGGGGAUAGCCCCAGCCCCACCCUUUCAUUCUGUAAACAACCUGUAAAUAGCCUUUAGCAUUUCUCUUGUAAGGAGAUUAAUUUUUAUGAAAUAAAUUAUAUUUCCUAGUCUAAUAAAAAAAAAUCCAGGUCCUGGU